AAAGCACCCCACGUUUUCAUAGAGUCCUUGAGAGAGGAAGAGAAACAACCCCCGCAAGCGAGGAUGCACAGAAACCCUCGUGUCCUCCUGCGCGCCGCCGCCUCUCUCCUCCGCCCCACCACCGCUGCUCCACCUCCGCAAACCCUAACGAAUGCCGCGGCACCGGCGUCCCAGCCGCUUCCUCUGCCCCGCCUUCCCUUCGCUGGGCACAGCCGCGCCUUCUCGACGGACUACGGCAAGGACGUGGACGAGGUGAACCGCAAGUUCGCGGAGGCGCGGGAGGAGAUCGAGGCGGCCAUGGACAGCAAGGAGACCGUCUACUUCAACGAGGAGGCCGCCUGCGCGCGCGACGCCGCCGGCGAGGCCCUCGGCGCGUUCGACGCGCUGCUCGCGCGGGUCCCGCCCGCCGACGCCGACAAGCUCCGCCGCUCCAUGGGGCUCAAGAUGGAGCAGCUCAAGGCCGAGCUCAAGCAGCUCGAGGAGUAACGGUUGCUCCAGGCCGCCGCUCCUUGACGAGCCCAUCGAGGUCAGAGGUUCGGUUUUUGGGAGGAAAUCUGAAGAUGUUUUUGUAUUAGCAUACAUGUUCUUUUCAUGAUAUCGGGUGUUCUGAUUGGGAAUAAUGUUACUCCUAACCAAGAAGCUGUGACAGAUUGUUUUUAUGAUGGGAGAUUUGGAGCUGAUUUGUUCCUUGUACUCAAAUUGGCCGCAAGCAAUUUAUAUCGGCAAAAUCGAUCUUUAUUUUCAUUUCCGGGAAGAAAAUUUGAUCUUAAUGUCAUGGAACUGUAUAAUCAACUUAGGGGAGCUAAACUGGUAAUCUGCGUGUACCAUUGUGAGAUUAAUUGGGAUUUUUAGGUGUGUUGCUGAA